GCUAGCCCCGCCCACAGGCGGCAGGCCGAUGCGCCGCAUUCGCUCCGUGAUGAAGGUGCUGGUCGCUGCCGCGCUCCUCCUCGCCGUCCUCGGGCUCCUCUCGCUGCCCAAUGGCUCCCGCGCCGAGGAGAAGAAGAAAGGGCCGAAGGUCACCGUCAAGGUGUUCUUCGAUAUCAAGAUCGGGGAUGAGGAUGCAGGCCGGGUGGUAAUUGGUCUCUUUGGCAAGACCGUACCCAAGACAGUUGACAACUUUGUUGCCUUGGCCACUGGAGAGAAGGGCUUUGGCUACAAGAACAGCAAGUUUCAUCGGGUGAUCAAGGACUUCAUGAUCCAAGGAGGAGACUUCACUCGAGGCGACGGCACUGGUGGGAAGAGUAUCUAUGGCGACCGAUUCCCUGACGAGAACUUCAAGCUGAAACACUACGGGCCAGGCUGGGUCAGCAUGGCAAAUGCAGGCAAAGAUACCAAUGGCUCUCAGUUCUUCAUUACCACAGCACCAACCACAUGGCUUGAUGGCAAGCACGUUGUCUUUGGAAAAGUCGUCGAGGGAUACAACGUUGUAGAAAAAAUAGAGAAUUUGAAGACGGACGGCAGGGAUAAACCGUUGAAAGAUGUGGUCAUCGCAGACUGCGGCAGGAUUGAGGUGGAGAAGCCGUAUGCCAUUGCCAAAGAGUGAGCUCCUGGAGGUUGUUAGCUGGGGCAUCACUGGCGCAUUCCACUUGUACUGAACCUGGGCUUCCAGGCUUUGUGUAUAGCAGAAUAUUCCAGAACCUCGGACCUGGAUUCGUUUUUAAAAAAAAAUUCCAGUGUACAACAUCCACCCAAUAAAGGAAGGGUUUUCUAA